AUGACAGCCAAGAUAGACGCAUACAUUGACUGCGUCUCGCCAUACUCAUACUUUGCGACGCUAUAUCUGCGACAGAACCGGAAGGCGCUUGAGUCGCAUGGAGUGGAAGUCGAAUUCCACCCGAUAUUCCUAGGAGGUGUGAAUGUUGGCUCUGGUAACAAACCGCCAUGGACAUUGCCGGCCAAAGCAGCAUAUGGCAAAUUCGACAAUGCACGGGCAUGUAACUAUUUCGGAGUGCCGCAGAACAAGACACCAGAUUUCUUCCCAAUCUUGUCAAUCAUGCCCCAACGCUGCUUGAUCUACAUCAAAAACAACUACAGCCGGGAACAAUUUGAAAAGACCUUUCUCUCUUUGUCCGAAUGGAUGUAUCAUAAGAAUAUCGAUGUCAGCAAGCCCGAGAAACUGGCUGAACUUCUUCGAAGCCACGGGUUUUUGGACGAGGAUAUCAAGAAGAUCCUAGCUGCGGCGGCCAGUCCGGAGUAUAAGGAGGCGCUUACAGCUAAUACGCAAAAGGCGCUUGAUCUGGGGGCUUACGGGGCGCCUUGGUUUUGGGUGAGGAAUUCGAAAGGGAAAGAAGAGCCUUUCUUCGGAAGUGAUCGAUUUGCGUAUAUGUGGCAGUACCUGGAUUUGCCAUUCCAGGACAUUGCCAUUAUUGAGAAUGGGAAGGCGAAACUGUAA